GAGACUAUAAAAACCACAGCCUGUGGGCAGGAGGGAGCUUUGACCACUGGGAGUCCAGAGGGAGCGACCUGCCACCCUCCAGGAGCGGGGAGCUCUGAACAUGGCUUUCUCGCACAACACUACCGAGGACUACUCCUGGUAUGACUCCUUCGGAACCAAGGACCCUUUCCCGAUGGAGGACGACACCUCCCCGAAGCUGCAUGCCCCAGAUAUUGUCGCCUUGGUCCUCUCUGCAAUCGUCUUCCUGGUGGGAGUACCUGGCAACGCCUUGGUGGUCUGGGUGACGGCCUUCGAGGCCAGGCGAACCAUCAACGCCAUCUGGUUUCUCAACCUGGCGGUGGCCGACCUCCUCUCCUGCCUGGCGCUGCCCAUCUUAUUCACGUCCAUCGUCCUGAACGGCAACUGGCCCUUCGGCGCCGCUGCGUGCUGCAUCCUGCCCUCCCUCAUCUUGCUCAACAUGUACGCCAGCAUCCUGCUCUUGGCCACCAUCAGCGCCGACCGCUUCUUGCUGGUGGUUAACCCCAUCUGGUGCCAGAACUACCGUGGGGCAGGCUUGGCCUGGCUGGCUUGCGGCCUGGCCUGGGGCUUGGCGCUGCUGCUCACCAUCCCGUCCUUCCUGUACCGCACGCUGGUGGUAGAGCACUACCCGCCCAGGACGCUGUGCGGCGUCGACUACGGGAAGGGCGAGCACACGCAGAGGGCGGUGGCCAUCAGCAGGCUGGUUCUGGGCUUCCUGUGGCCGCUGCUCACGCUCACCAUCUGCUACACCUUCCUCCUGCUCCGGACGUGGAGUCGCAAGGCCACGCGCUCCACCAAGACGCUCAAGGUGGUGGUGGCGGUGGUGGUCAGCUUCUUCAUCUUCUGGCUGCCCUACCAGGUGACGGGGAUGCUGCUGCUCUUGUUCAAGCCGACUUCGGAAACCUUCCAGCUGGUGAGUAAGCUGGACGCCCUGUGCGUGUCCUUGGCCUACAUCAACUGCUGCAUCAACCCGGUCAUCUACGUGGUGGCCGGCCAGGGCUUCCAGGGCCGCCUGCGCAGAUCCCUGCCCAGCAUCCUGCGGAACGUGCUGACCGAGGAGUCCACCGUCAGGGAGAGCAAGUCUUUCUCGCGCUCCACGGCGGACACGUCUGCUGAGAAGAGCCAGGCGGUGUGAGCAGACACGGGGCCACCAUCUGCCUGUGCUCCGCCUCGGCCACUCUCCCCGCGUUUAACUCCGCUCUGGGUGCAUGGCGUGGACUUCGCCCACUCUCCUUUCCCGUCAUGCCCAGGCUUAGCCCUCGCCCUCCUCUUACGGGGUGACUCCUCUCGUCCUUCCUCACGUCUAAGAUCGCCGUUUUCCUCUACGGACACUCCUCCUGGCUCUCCUUCUGAGGCUUUAGAAAAGAAACAAAGCAGCGGGGUUUCUGGGCCACCUCCCUACAGCCACGUGGGCAGGAGAGGGUGAACGGGCUGCAUUGGGAGGUGCAGGAUCUGCGGAUAGAAGCAGUCAAGCCUUCAAAAAGAGAGUGGAGUGUGUCAGGGGGAGUUGAGAAAGAGCUGUGACCAGAGAGAGCAAAAGCACCGGGUCAGAAGGGCCCGAGCUGAGCGCGGGAAAGGUCGGGCUCAGCAGUCAUGGGCAGUUCCCGAGGCCAGGGUGCGGCCAGCAGGGGGUGUGGUGCAAGACAAGGGAUGCCCAUUCCAGUCCCAGACCUGGCGCUUGGCUAUCACGCGGGGUGUGUGUGUGCCCAAAACCCCAAGAGGAGAGCCGAGGAGAAGGGAUGGGG